AUUCUGACUCCAUAUCCGGCGUGGCGUUCGCUCUUCGCUCUCGUAUACACGUCGCUGAGAUUCAUUUUGGCCGCUCCUCUUGACCGACAAGUCUCAAAUCCUCCACGUUCAGCAUUGUGUUUUUUCAUGGCUGAGCGUCAUUCGAUGUGGAAUAAGAUUCGGAAGCACCUACACUUCUACCUUAUUCGCAUAUGUCGUAGCGAUCGCUUCCCGGAAAGGCUAGGAACCAACUGGUCAGAAUCCUCGGAGCGGUAUGUUGAUGAUAUUUCUCGGGUGUUCUCGUCACAGACUCACGGUUCUUCAAGAUGAAGUUGAAGAACUCCGUCGAGAAGUUGGGCAAGCCGUUCGGGAGAAAUUAGAAUUCUCCGAGAAGUUAAAUCAGGCCAACGAAGAAAUCGAAAAUCUCAAGGAAGAUGUCACACGGAAACAGGACAAGCUGACGAAGCUGCGCUCUCAACUGGAAGACCUGAAGCUCGAUCGAGAAUCGAGAGCAGGUCAGCUGGCCGAGCAGGACAAGAGAAUGCGACUCCUCGAAAAUUUGGUGAAGAGUGGCAAAACUCGGGUGGAUCGGGCGAACAAGGAGAAGGAAUCGCUCGAGAAGGAAUUCAAGAAGAGACUCGAUGAGUGCAUGCUUGAGCUGAAAUCCGCGAACGAGAAGCUGGCUCAGCUCCAGCCAGAGAGUGCUUCGCAGAGUGCGGAGCAACAGAAGAAUAAUCAAAUUCUCGGAGAAACAUGCGCCAAACUCGUCGAAGACCUCGAACAAACUCGGCAGAAGCUCAGAGAAUCCUCUCUGGAGUCGGAAAACCUCCGCUCCAUCCUGAAGCAUAAAGUUGGUGUCAUGGAGAAAAUACGGGAGGAUUUGACCGUAUUCCAGGGCCAAGGACGGAAGUAUGCCGCCGAGCGGCAAACCCUCCUCGAUACGAUCCAUUGCCUCGAAGAAGACAUCGAAAGGAAACGGAAAAGGGACAUCGAGUUGAGGAAUGCGAUGGGCUUGAUCGCCGAAAAAGUCAUCGAACGACUGCAAACGAGACAUCGAGUCUUGUGAUCGACCUUUCUCGGACCUUGUGCUCGGGAAAGAAGACAAUGAUUGU